GUGCCCCGCCUGAGAGCCUCCUAGCUCCGGCGGCGCAGGCACCGGGAGCAGAGCGUCGCGGCGGCCCAAGGGGAGGCGAGCGUGCGCGUCCAGGGGGUGCCGGGGGCAGGUGGUGGGGCCGCGAAGAUGGUCGCCAAGCAGCGAAUCCGUAUGGCCAACGAGAAGCACAGCAAGAACAUCACCCAGCGCGGCAACGUAGCCAAGACCUCGAGAAAUGCUCCCGAAGAGAAGGCGUCUGUAGGACCCUGGUUAUUGGCUCUCUUCAUUUUUGUUGUUUGUGGUUCUGCAAUUUUCCAGAUUAUUCAAAGUAUCAGGAUGGGCAUGUGAAGUGACUGACCUUAAGAUGUUUCCAUUCUCCUGUGAAUUUUAACUUGAACUCAUUCCUGAUGUUUGAUACCCUGGUUAAAAACAAUUCAGUAAAGCAUCCUGCCUCAGAAUGACUUUUCAUAUCAUCCUUCAUUUGUCAUUCCAAGGUUUCUUCACAGGUCAUUCCAAGUUUUCUAGUCCAUACCACAGUGCCUUGCAAAAGCACCACAUGAAUAAAGCAAUAAAAUUUGAUUGUUAAGCUACAGUAGUGGACCCUACUUAUUCAGUCAGUAAAGAGUAAAUUUUUUUAAUGUGGUUAUUAAAACAGUAUCCAAUAUAGAUAAUUAGGUUAAAUUUAUGUAGACAGGGUCUAGAUUUUGUUAACCCUAAUGUGUAAAUGCAAUUAGCUUAAUUUAAAAUUUGGAGUUACAAUUUUUAUAUAGCUAGGCACUUUAUUACUGUAUCUUGAAUUGAAAGCACACUCCCAUAUAGGGUCAUGUAACAGUCCUCUAAUAAAGUGCUUGUAAUGGAACAACUACACAGUUAGCCUAGUUUCCCAUAACCUUUAGCACCUAAAUUUUUUAAAAGCUUCUAAAUGCUUAAUAUAAAAGGAGAUGCUUAUAGCUACAACAUCUAUUUUAACAAUAUUAUUUCUGUUACACUACCUUGGAUUUUGCAUGAGUAAUUAUACUGACCUGAAAUGCCAUAAGAAAACAACUUGAUUGAGCAUUUUGUAACUUAAUUAGUCAAUUGAUUUUCACCAAAAGCUACCGUGGUGGAGUAAAGUCGGGAAAGUAUGUCACCAUUAAAUUCACCAAAAUUAUUUUAAUAUAUCAAAGGGGUCUACUAUGCUAGACAACAUUUUAGGGAAAAAUACUACUAAAACUGGGUGUCUCAUCGGGACGUACUGAUGAGUCCAAUGUGCCAUAAAACAUCUUAGCACAUGAAUAGCACUUUUAAUACCAAAAAAGGCACAUCAACUAAAAACUUAGUUUGGAAAUAAUUUUCUAGAUCUAUGAUUAAAAUUUUGUUAGGGUACUAGAUACAUCAGACUAAAGUGCCAUCUGGAAUUAAAUGGAUUUACUGAUAAGGAUCAGUGUUUAGUCUUCCCUUUGUUUUGUAAUUCUAUAGGUUAUGAUCAAAGUUUCUUUUUACUAAUGGUAAGGGUGAGAAGGCAGGUUUUGGGUUUUCUGGUACCAGAAAAUUUAAAGUUUAGGCUAAUUUAAAUAUGUAGUCAUAACUUGAUUUAAAAAAAACAAAGGCAUGAGUGAAUUGGAAAGAAAGCUGCUCAUCUGCUUUGUUAAUUGUCUCAGGAUAUCUCUUUUAAAAUAAACUCUUAAGAGGAACAGAAGGGAAAUCUACCUAGUCAUGCACAGUGUGAACCUCAGAGAGAGCUUCUGAUACCCCUAAAUACAGGGGGAGAAUGAGGGAGAGGAGCAGGUAAGAAUGUUGAGGAACUUUACUCAAGAACAGGGAAGGAGUCAGCUGACCUUGGAUCGGCAGGGUUUUUUCUGCAUUAUUAACCUGCCUUUCUCACCCAGGAAAUCAACCCUAGACUUGUUUCCCUCUUUGAAACAAGUGUCUUGGUUGACUAAUUCUAUUUUAUUAUAACUUUAAAAAUUAAAGUUUUUGUUCUAAAGUUAUAGCAGGUGCCUUAUUCUUUGCUUUGAGUGAAACCAUUCCAUAUCCCCUGGUUUACUAUAGAUAAUUGGCUUUAAGAUGUUAGGGUGUUUUUUUUUUUUUUAAUUGUACGUGUCUUUAUUAAUUUGACUGUUAAAUUGCUAUAGCUAGCAAUCAUUUUACAUAUGUAAAGUUGCAUUCCCUUUGUAUUUCAUGUGUAAUUUCCUAAUUGAGUACAUUUUAUAUUAAGGAUGGAUUAUGCAUGUUUGGGUCAAUGAAAGCUAUGUCUUAUUUGAUUUGUCCUUUAAAAAUAAAGUUCCCUGAAUAUUUGAUGCCUUCUAAAAGGAAA